AUGAUGAUUGUCCUGGCAGCACAAGAAGUUUCGUCGCGAGCCCAAUAUGCCUCUCCAGGUCAAUUCCAAGCCAUUUUGAUGUCACUGCUAACCACGAUAUCCUUGGUGGCAGCAUUCACCUUCAAAGUCGUCUUGCACUUGCAACCAUGGCACACUCCUCGCUACGUGAUCCCCGUCGUUGGAAUGUUGCUGGGAAACUCCAUCAACGGUAUUACUCUCAGUAUCAAUGCUAUCUCCAGAGCAUUCGUCGAGGAAUCGGCAGAAUUGGAACUGAUGCUGGCAUUUGGAGCCACACCCUUUGAAGCAUUACAACGGCUCUUGGCCGAGGCAAUCUUGGCAGGGGCCACACCUGUGUUGACGAUGCUGAGGGUCACGGGAAUCAUCUCCAUCCCAGGCAUGAUGACAGGCCAAUUGCUUGGAGGCACCACAACAGUCCAGGCGGCUCGAUACCAACUCUUGAUUCUCUACUUGAUCGCCGUUUGUACGGUCGGAGUCAUUCUACUGCAAACUCUCUACUGCGCCUUGUAUGUAGGAGUCGAUACAAAAACACACAUGCUCGUGGCAGAGCGAUUCGUACCCAAGAAAUCAAACAAAGACAAGCUCUCGGCUGUGCUUGGUUUGGUGACUGCACUCUUGGCCAUUCUUGGGUUCCGUGGAGACGAUGGGUUGACAGACACUACACCAGCUUCAUCCAUCAAGGAGGCCAUGACGACGAAAGGCACCAUUGAAGUUCAGGUCUUAAAGGGGCUACAACAAUCUGCGCCGCUGCUCGAACUUGGAGGGAUUCGAAGAUCCAUUCAACAGCGAGUCCUCUUUGAGAACAUUACUAUAGAUGUUCACGCCGGUGAUUUGGUGUUUGUGAAAGGUGUAUCAGGAUCGGGCAAGAGUCAGCUUGUACGCAUCGUUGCUGGACUGACUCCUGCAGAUAAUGAAGUGUCUGGGACAUCCAUGAUGGUUUUGUCCGGUCUUGGCUGGGAUCAGCAUCAACAUUCAAUGGGGCGUCAUACACCGGCGCAUUGGAGACGUCAAGUCCGGUAUGUGCCUCAAAGCAAGGUCCAAAUGCCCGGGACGCCGCGUGAAUUCAUUCAUCGGAUCGCCUCGUUUCGAUCCUGGAAGCAACAACGUCAGUCUUGUCACAUGGAGCACCAGGAUUGCCCUCCCACUGCUGGCAAGAUGAUACUCACCAUGCGAGAGCUUCUUGAGGAAUGGAGAUUGCAUCCUGCCGAUACUUUCUUGGACCAGGAAUGGUCGCAGUUGUCGGGAGGAGAAGCACAGCGGGUUACCCUGGCUAUUGCCAUGGCAUCCCGCCCGCUUGUCUUGUUGGUGGACGAAUCGACGAGCGCCCUCGAUGGUGAAUCCAAACAGGCAGUAGAACAAUCCAUUGUCAAACAGUUGCUACGACAGCGACAAGGACCUUCCACAGACGAACAUGAUGACGGUGGAUUGAGUGUUCUUUGGAUAUCUCAUGACGAAAAGCAAGUGGAACGAAUGACGCGGGCAUUGCUGCUUGACGAUGUUCAAGUAUAG